GAUUUUUUAUUUUGGAAUAUGCUACGUAAGUAAAAUAUAAAAACCAAAUAAUCAAAGAAUUGGGGGUGCAAAUGAGACCAGGGUUUUACGGGGUAAAAUCGUCAAAUCAGAGUCGCGAAAUCCACUAGUAGGAAUGAGACGACGAACAUGUAUAAUUUGCAUUAGAUUUUUGUGCUUCAUCUCUCAGCAACUCUAAAUUAUUCACUUCCGAGUGAUGGGGAAGGAUUCCAAGUCAGCAGGAAAAGGCAAGGGAAAGCAAGCAGCCGGGGGUAGUGACGAUGCUGCAUCGAAGGGCAAAGCAAAAGGAGGGAAAGGAGAUGGUUUAGGAACUUGCACAUAUGUCAAAGCUAGACAUAUCUUGUGUGAGAAGCAAGGAAAGAUCAACGAAGCCUAUAAGAAGCUACAGGAUGGCUGGCUCAGUAACGGAGACAAAGUUCCACCCGCUGAGUUUGCUAAGAUAGCUGCAGAAUAUUCGGAAUGCCCAUCGGGGAAGAAGGGUGGGGAUCUAGGAUGGUUCCCACGUGGUAAGAUGGCUGGUCCGUUUCAGGAGGUUGCGUUCAACACACCUGUUGGAGUGACCAGUGCACCAUUUAAAUCGACGCAUGGCUACCACAUCAUCUUGUCUGAAGGGAGGAAGAACUGAGGUGCAGAGUCUUGUGUUUGCAGCUGAAUCAUAUGUUGACCAUCAAACUAUAGGCAUUUGAGGCACAAACUAGUGAACUGUGGCUGUUUCUGUCAAGUAUAAUUUGUACACUUUAUGACAAACUGUGCAAGAUUUAAUAAACACUCUUCUGGUUUGUGAGUUGCCUUUUUGGUAAAAUCA